UUCCUUGAGAAACCCUAGCUCCUCCCGCGCCGUCGUCCUCCUGUUCUCGGAGCUACCCCCAACCAGCCCGAGCGGCAGCCAGCGAGAGGAUCCUAGGCAAGGCGGAGAAGCAUGGCGGCGGCGGCAGUCUACGGCGCCGGCGGUGCGAUGAAGGGCGGGAAGCUGGGGAUGGAGGACGCACGGGAGAUGCAGCUCAACCGCAUCCGCAUCACCCUCUCCUCCAAGAACGUCAAGAACCUCGAGAAGGUGUGCGCCGAUCUUGUGAAGGGCGCCAAGAGCAAGGAGCUGCGGGUGAAGGGUCCCGUCAGGAUCCCCACCAAGGUGCUCCACAUCACCACCCGCAAGUCGCCCUGCGGUGAAGGAACAAACACAUGGGAUAGGUUCGAGUUCCGCAUCCACAAGCGCGUGAUUGACCUCAUCAGCUCCCCUGAUGUGGUGAAGCAGAUCACCUCCAUCACAAUCGAGCCUGGUGUUGAGGUCGAGGUGACCAUUGCUGAUGUGUAAUGCCAAGUUAGUACGCAAACAGUAGUCUGUUCUGUUUUUUUAUUUUUGCCUGAUCUGGUUUCCUGCUUCCAUGACUGUAUUAGACAUCCAAGCGGUUUAGUGUUCUGACCUUAUUUAUGCGCGAAUGUUUUGAAUGUUAAAUGUGAGGUCGUAUUUGGUUUUUGAUUGAA